CCUAAGCCCCCCAUUCACUCACACGGACACGCACCAUAUCCAAGCUAUGGGUCUUCUCUCUUGGUUCAAAGGCAAGCCACAGCAACCCGACUCGCAACCCAAACCCGCGGAGAGUCCGAAAGCGAAACCCGCCGCAGAAGUGCCGGGCAUGCACGGAGCCGUGGAGGUGGCCCGACCCGCUGACAUAACGGUGUUCGAAUUCGGGUCGGUGGCCGCCUCCGCCGACAAGGUCACUCUCGCCGGCUACUGCCCCGUCUCCGACGACCUCGAGCCCUGCCGCUGGGAGAUCCUCCCCGCGAGUGCCUCCGACGCGCCACAGUUCCGCGUGGUCUUCUGACUGAGAGCUAGAGAGUGUCUCUGUGAGAAAGAGUCUUAUUUUAUCUGUAAGAAGAAACAGAAACUUAGAGAGACCCUUGUUGUGAGUUUGUUCGUUAUAUAUGUGAAAUUUGAAAAGGUUUCUGCAUAUAA